AUGAAUGUGGUGAGUAAAGUUGGGAGCUUAAUUACUCAAGGUGUUUAUUCUGUUGCAACACCUUUCCACCCAUUUGGUGGUGCUGUUGAUAUAAUUGUUGUUGAACAAGAGGAUGGGACAUACCGCAGCACCCCAUGGUACGUACGGUUUGGUAAGUUCCAGGGUGUCCUCAAAGGUGCUGAAAAGAUUGUCCGUAUAUCUGUCAAUGGAAGUGAAGCUAACUUCCACAUGUAUCUUGACAACUCUGGGGAGGCCUAUUUUGUAAGGGAAGAAUCAGUAGAGAAGGAUGCAGAGAGCGGAGAGCAAGUUUUUAGUAGUUCUGAUGUUCCUGAUUCUGUUCAAGAUGGUGGUCUAGAUAACAAUAGGAACAGCCAAGAAAUUGAUGGAUGUAACAUCAUAGAUAGAACCAGUGCUCAAUUAUAUGAAUUCCAUGCUGAGGAUCCUUUGAAUGGAAACUCCGUCAGUUCUACAGAGUAUACAUAUAGUUAUGAGAGCAUAAAUGAUGUAGAGGAUCUGGUCGAUUCUUCGCAAGACUUGAAUUCAGAAAUGGUGUUGUUCAGUGUUGACGGCCAUGUUCUUACUGCACCAAUUUCCUCAAAUGAGGUGGCCAUGGAAAAUGUGCAGUUGACCACGCCUCAGUUUCAUUUAGGACCUGGUGAAGGAUCUGCUGAAGGUUUUGCUUCUGGUGGAGAUGAAUGGGGAGCAAAUCUAUUUCGUGAUUUGAAUGCUUCUGCUCCUGAUAUUAAAAAGGCAUUGAGACAUUCAUCUGUAGAAUCGAGUAAAGAGGCACAGUUGCCUGACCAUCAUCAAGAGUCUCAAUCCAUCAGGAGCUCACUUGAAGAGAAUACUGGCCUGAGGAGAAAUGGAAAUGACGUGUUUUCGAGUUGCCUGGAAUUCUCAGAUCUAGCAUCAGAAACAAAAAAGUGUGAUUCUCCUGGUUCUGAUUCAUCAUCUGUGCCCAUGAAUGGAAGAACUCAGCUCGAAGAUUCUGUACAUAGUUCUCUUUCUUUUUCUCCACUGGUAAAUAAAUCGGUAACUAGUGAUGAUUUUCACACUGAGAGUGACACGAAACACCUCUCUGAAAGUUCGGAGUUUUCAUUUCCUGUGGCCUCAGAUGUAAGGACCGAUAAUGGAGAAGUUGAAGGCAGCGUCACUGUUGACGAGAGCCUUGAACAUGUGCGUAAUCAUGGCAUUUGUGCCGACAUGGUACACAAGGUUCAUCAGGUUUGUCCGCCGACACCGCAGGCGAGUUCUGAUUUUCCUUCUGGUGAUGAAUCAGUUGCAAUAAAUAUGCACAUUGAGUCCCAUGAGGAGUGCUUGAUCAUUGAGAAUUCAGAAUCUAGAUCAGGAUCUGUUUCUGUCUCUGUGAAGUCAUUAGAACUGAAUAUGGACCUGAACUAUGAACCAAUGGAAAGCAUCCAGGAGCAGUCAUCCACCAAAGAAAUCCCAGACACACAAGGGACUUUGUUCGGCAUGGGUAAGAAGGCCAAAUUUAUUUUUGUUCCUAGAAGAAUAUUUGAUGUUUUUGAGGCUGUCAUUUUACAUUCUGUCAUUUACCUUUUUAUUACCAGGUUUUGAGAUAUCUCUUUGUGGAAACCUCUUACGUCCUGGCAUGGGCCUGAAAUCUGCCAAUGCAGCCUUUGAAGCCCAUCGUAUUUCAAGGGAAGAGUUUGAAUCAUCUGGACAGUCAAUUGUCAAGAAUAAAAACCUUAUUGUGAGGUUUAAAGAAAAAUACCUGCCUUGGGAUGUAGCCGCACCCCUUGUCCUUGGAAAGGCAGCUUUUGGCUUGGAGAUACCAAUAGACGUGAAAAACUGUAUUUCUGUUGAAGAGGAAGGGAUAUCAGAACCCAGCCCAGGCACACCCACAAUGUCCCCAUCUUCCUCCCGUAGAUGGAGACUAUGGCCGAUUCCAUUUCGAAGGGUUAGAACUCUCCAGCGUACGGAUACUAGCUCUUCAUCAGAAGAUGUAUUUUUGGACUCCGAUUCAUUUUUGCAGAGCCCACGCACUGAUUCAAUAGGAUCACCUCGUAUUAAUGGUAACGAAUCUUCUCGUAAGCAUUUCAUCCGAACAAAUAUUCCAACCACUAAGCAGAUUGAAUCACUGAAGUUGAAGGAUGGGCAGAAUACUAUUGCCUUCAGUUUCUCCACAAGAGUUCUCGGAAAACAGCAGGUUUGCUGCGUUUGUAUCAUAUAUUCGUGUAUAUCUGCAGAUAAUAUGUGCACCUUCGUGGUAAUGCUUCAUUUUUCAUGCGUAACAGGUUGAUGCUCAUGUAUACUUAUGGAAGUGGAAUGCACGGAUUGUUAUAUCUGAUGUUGAUGGAACUAUAACCAAGUAAGCCACUAUCAAUGACAAUGUGAACUUUUAUAACUGAAAGGCCAACAAAUAGCCAAAAAGACAUUGAUUGUUUAGCAAUUCAAGCUUGUUAAAUCUGUCUUCCAGUUGUUGCCAUAUCGUGUCUAUGUAGACAUCCUCUUGCAAAUUUAUUUUAUGGGCAAGAGGUUUAGAUGAUCCUAUUCCCGCUCUCUAAUGAAUGGACGAUAGCUCUUCUAUUUGUCCAUAAUGAGACUUGACAAGGUGGGCUGCACUACUCCUUCGGUCAGCUUGUGAGACUUCUUGUGGGUUGCAUUGUAAGUUUGCAUCGGGCAGUUGCUCUCAAGAGGUUGCGACUAAAAAAUAGAAAUUUAUUAGGAGCUAACUAUGCGAGCUGUCAUAUUGGCAUUUACAUUGACCAUCUACUGAUCAUUUUGGGCUGGAGAACGUAUCCAUUCUCCCUUAUCAUUAGGCUCCAUUAUGGAACUGGUUUCUCAUCUUCCUAUUUUAUUUUCUGAUUCGUGUUAAAGUCCCCCUGUUAUCCAUUAACCUUGUUCCUCCUACCAUAUUCUCUUGGGGCAUUCUGAGUUUUAAAGUUGUCUGCGGUGGCAUCAUUGUCUCAAAUAUGGGGAUUUUUUCUUUUAGGGAUUUUAGCAUUACGCAUAUUUGAUGGUAGCCCUGGCUUUAAUGUGAUACCCUUUUGUUUGAAAAGAGAUAUGCCUUAUGACGACUAGGAACUUCGUUGUUGUAUUCCUCUCCGUGUGUCUGUUUUUGCAUGUGGACGCAUUGUAUAAUUUUUUUUUCUCAGUGGAUCAUGUUAUUUAAUUUUACUAGUUACAAUGCAUUAACUCUAUCAAGUUCUCUAGGUCUGAUGUCCUGGGCCAAUUCAUGCCUUUGGUUGGAAGAGACUGGACACAAUCUGGUGUUGCUCGGCUAUUCUCUGCCAUAAAGGUAUUAGUUAUUUUCCUACUUGCACAAUACAAAGCUCAAAAGUCUGUCCAGUAGCAGACUUUCUUCAGUAGAAGCUGUAAAUUCGGCAGAUCAUGAGCAGUCGUAUGCAUUAAUCAAUCUGUUGAUCAAUUGUCUGCUUCAUUUUAUUCACCUGGUGCGUUAUUUUUUGGGCUGCAUUGCUUAUGCGUAUUUUUAGUAUGCAGGAUAUAAAAUGAAAAUUUUCUUUCGGUUGCUAUGAGUAGGGAUUGUUAUUGCUAGAUACAAAAUCAGCAUGUGAAAGAUGAAGAAUAAUUUAGAUACCAAUCGAAUAUGAUUAGCAUUCAAAUCUGUUGAAAAAACUGUACCUGUAAUGGAAACUAAAAAUAUUUACGGAAAUCGGUUCACAAUGCCUUUUCUGUAUUUACGCACGAGCCUUGAAUUACUGAUAUAUAGCGUAUGAGGAAUCAGCAGUUAUACAGUGAUACGGAAAGUCACUCCUGGUAGUUUUUCGGGAUAUUCGAACCUACUUAUAUUUUUUUAUGAGUAAUCUGAGUUAGGAUUCUCAUUUGAAAAAAACGAAACCUCACUUAUCUCAUUUUACUGUUGUAUUGAAAUCGCAUUCAUAUUUAUGGGAAUAUGCUUCCAGUAUAUUGAAUAGUAUUUUGAAAUUAAUUACGUAUUAUCAAGAUUGAGAAUGAUUGUGAGGUGAUGUUUGGAAUUUGCAUUUUUAACUCUGUUUUCGGGAUAAUUCUUUUCUUUACAUAUUAUUAACGGGAAUAGCCCCUGGUUUAUUAGAUGUAUGCCUCCUUUACACACUUAUUUUUCAAGACUCAAAUACUGCUCCACUCAUCGCCAAAAAGGAUGCUCCAAUUUUUCAACAUAGUAUUCGUGUAGAUCGUUGUGUUCCUCGAGCACGCACAUCAUUUUUGUUCUCUGUGGCAUGGCCAAAAAAGAUUGGUCUUCUUGUGGAGGAAUGCGUUUCGACAGUCUUAUUUUGGAAAAAAAUCUCAAUGACUAGAUAAAUUGGCAUGCUCCGGAUAUUGCUGGCUAAUUUUUAGUUAACCAAUCGAAUAAUUUAACAAUUGUUAACUAAAAUUACGAAUCUGGCUUCAUCUUCUUUGUUUCUCAUUGAUCUUUACAGCGUUGGAAUGAUAUGGUAGCUUCUUUUUUGGUGUAACAAGGUGGUGGAGAACAGUUCAUUACAGACUAAUCAUAAUUUUCUUUUUUUGAAACUGACCCCAGGAAAAUGGUUACCAGUUGCUGUUUCUCAGUGCACGUGCCAUUGUUCAGGCGUAUCUGACUAGAAGUUUUCUUCUCAAUAUUAAACAGGUAUGGAUAUAUUUCAUCCUUUUUAUCAUGGAAAUGUUUUUAGUUCUGUCACAGGCGAACAAUUUUUUUAAAAAAAAAUCACAGAGAAAAUUACUGUACUAUUCUGAGAGCUAUUUUUUAUGUAAAUCAUUUAUGUAUUUCAAAUUUUUUUCACAGCGUAUUUUGGUUUAAAACUUUGCAUUUUCUAGAGUGAUUUAGUUCAUUAUUAUUACCUCUACUACCUAAGCUAUUCAUAUCAUGGCUUGAACUUGGUCUAUGUGAAAAAAAUUGAGGUGGUUGUUUCACAUUUCCAGUUUACUUAAUCCGUUCAUCAUGAAUCAUGUAUAGAUUUUAGCAUGGCUCGCCAGUUAUUCCUUGCAUCUUUUCUCAGAUUGCAUGGCAUCCACUCUAUUUAUCCAUCAUAAUUAUUGCCUUCUGACUUUUGCAGGAUGGGAAGACAUUGCCAAAUGGACCUGUAGUGAUUUCACCUGAUGGUUUAUUUCCUUCAUUGUAUCGUGAAGGUGAUGACUAUUGCGUCUUGUAUUAAUUCGUCAUUAUCUAAUGCCAUAUCGAUCGUGAUAUUUUAAGUUCUGCCUGGAGAUGUUCGGUAUAUUUUGCAUGCUUACAGUGGUUACAGGAUAUUGUUCAAUAUUCUAGAAUCCUCUUAUUUGACCAAAAUGUUGUUCAUUGUCUUCAAUAGCUUUUAAUCACUCUAUUAUGAAUGACGUAAAAAAUAAACACAAAAUUCUGGUUUAGUGCGCAUGUAGGAUGUACUGAGACAAACACCAGGCUUCUUUUGACGUUGGGUCCCAGUAAAAUAAUAUGCUAUCAUACGGUUUAUCUUAUGUAGCUAUAUGCGUUUACCACAGUUGAGUUCUUCAAACAUUCAAGUCCUUCAUCUUGGUCAACAUUUUUAUGACUACCGUGGCUUUUGUAUAUCCUUAUAACCAAUUUCCGUUGUUACUGGGAUGUGUAACUUUUGUCAACUGGAAUGUAGCGAAUUUAUUUGAAAUCCACUUACGGUAAAUGACUACCUCACCUUAUUUACUGGUUGACUUGGAUUACCAUUGGGAGCAGCGUGGACAGUUUUGUCUCUUUCUCAUGGAUUCUGUUUAUACACUGUUUCUUUUGAAUAAUUACUCUAAUUUUAAGGGCCAAAUUCAUCAUCUGUCAAAUACUGAUCGAGUUUAUAGAUAGCCUGUGAUCAGAAUACAAUGCCUGGCUCAGUUUGCCAUUAGAUAUCUGAAGGCCAAGCCCAUCCAGUAUAGUUAUCACAGGUAAGGUGUUGCACUCAAAACCCACACCAGAUUAAGGUGUGGGUUUUGAGUGUCUUUGGCUGACUACAGUCAUCCAGUACAGCUGGAAAUGUGUUGUUAAAGUCUAACCGAAAAGCUGAUCCUUUUGUAACUUGCACUUACUGUUCAGCUCUUUCAGCCGCCACCUUUGACUAUCCUGAUGUUUGAAAUCAGUGCCUAGAAAAUUUAUUGGCCUUUCUUUUCUUUUGGCUCUUUUCACUAAAACUCCUCAUCUGGUUUUCGUUUCUAUUUCUUUACAAUUUUUUGGUGUGACAAACUUAUUUUUGUUGGGCUUCUUCAGGUGCCAACUAUUUGUUCCAUUGAAUGCCGUAAAUGGUACAGUUGGUAUGUGAGAAUUUCUUGGUAUCCUGGGGUUAUUAAAGCUUACUUGAUGGGUUGAUUUUCAUAAAAAAAAAACAUAGCCAUAUUUCUCUACUCCGGUUCAUAUAUAUGGCCAAAGCGCUUAGAACAAGCAUUUUAUGUGCAAGUCUACUUUCGAUAAUUUCAACCGUUAAGUCAUAUUCUACUGAUAUACCAUUAAAAUCACGUUCAAAGGCACGAACUCAUACAGUCUAUGUGUAUAAGGCACUUGUAGUAAGCUUUGGAUGGUUGCUCCUUUUAUCCCGUUCUUGAGAUCCUUCAAAGCUUGAGUGUUCUCUCCAUUUGGGACUUUUGUUCUUUCUUUCUUUCUUGGAACUUGAUUCCUUUCUGUUCCUAGUACAUUCCUUGGAAGCUUUAUUUGCCUGGAAAAUUUCAGACUGCUGUGGACAGUGUCAAAUAAAACUUGUUAAAUCACGACUAAGAUUGAAAAUUUAAGUAAUUUUGACCGUGUUUGACCCGCUUCCAUGUGAUUUUAGGUAAUUUUUUCAUGUACAAGUCUAUGUAAAGAUGUGAAUUUUGUUAAUUAAGGUUGGUUGGGAUUUAAAUCGGAACAGAACUGAGAUCUGUAAAUUCAUAAAAUAAGAGUCAUUUAAACAACGCGGACAGACUAUCAACAAGGGCAGCGCUACUGUGAAUGAACAUAGGAAUAUGGAAGAGUGUUAGGGCUCACCAUCUUCCCGGUGGGCCAUGAAGCCUUACUGCUUCCUUACAUUUUCACUAUUUUUUUUCCUCCUUCCUUUUUUCAGUUUGGCCCUCAGCACAGAUGCAUAUUUCUGGCAAGUAUGGCAGAAACUGUCACCUCUCCCGUAGCCCAGUGGACCCAUCAGCACUAAUCAUCCAUUUUUAUUGUUCACGUCUGGACAUACCCAUAAACAGUCGAAUUGGACUUAUUUCUCUUUUUUUCUCUCAUUCCUUUUGUCUUGAAAAUCUUUUGGCAUUCCUUGACAUGUUAUCAUGUGCCUGAAAACAGAUAUGUUAUCAUGUUAGAAUGGGGGGAUAAAAUCCAAAGCAAUGAGAGUGAUUGAUGAUCUAUCUGUGAUAUUUGUGAAAGAUGUUGAAAUUAGCGCGCCAUUACGCACACACAAGUGAUUCCAUUUGGGAUCUCCGUUCAUUACACUUCUGAUUUGAGCUUCUAUUUUUCUUGAUGACAGUUAUACGCAGGGCUCCCCAUGAAUUCAAGAUUGCAUGUUUAGAGGUAAAGAUCUGCAAUGGAAUGGCUCCUCGUGAUUCUUUUUGAAAUAAUUGAAUCCAUUAAUCGUCUGAUUUUACCUGUCAGUGCUAAAAGAAUGCUGUUCUUGAUCAACCUGUACUCAUCGUCGGUUUCAUCCCUUCUGCAACUUUAAUUGGACAGGAUAUUAGGGCACUCUUCCCGUCUGACUACAAUCCAUUCUAUGCGGGCUUUGGGAACAGAGAUACCGAUGAGCUCAGUUAUCGGAAAAUUGGGAUUCCGAAAGGAAAAGUGUUCAUCAUCAAUCCCAAGGUGCUAGUUGUUCCUUCUGAAAACAAUCUUUAUGUCGGCAGAGACUGAUUACUAAAUAUAUUACUCUCCAUCCAACAGGGUGAAGUGGCUGUCAAUCACAGCAUCGAUGUGAAGUCUUACACUUCGUUGCACACACUGGUCAACGACAUGUUCCCACCUACUUCAGUGGCUGAGCAGGUUAGCUAUUUCACUCGACUGAAUCAGAUGCUGAUCAUGUUAAAGUCAGCGAUUGAACCAUUUAUUUGAGGGAUGAGCGAGAUCAUGGUCAAAGUCUAUUAUUUGCAGUGCACUUUCUCAAGAAUUGAAAAUUUUUAACUCUUGAAAUAAAAAAAGUCCAUUCAUGGUCAAAGUAUGAUAUCGUACUGGAUUUAUUUUUCUUUUCUUGAAAUUAAAAAAAAAAAUCAAAAUCACGUUUCUUUCCAUUUCAACCUUGCUGAAUCCGGCAUUCAGCCUUCAUCAUGGUCAUCAUUCAUCGCAGGAGGAUUUCAACUCGUGGAACUAUUGGAAGAUGCCACUGCCGAGCAUCGACUGCUGA